AUGGUGCAGGGAGAAAAUGACGAACCGUCGUCUAAGAAGCUCCAUCCAUUCUUCACCAAGAGCGACAUCGAUCAGCCUGUUGUUCCGCCGGUACCAUUGCCUCUAGAACCUGCGCAGCCGGUAUCCGACGAACCCCCUACAACCACCGCCGAAGGCCCUAAGCGAAAGCGACGAAGGACAGACGCUGCCCUUAAAGUUCUCAAGUUCAACCCAAAAACGGGGACACUAGGCUCACCUCCAAAGCCAAAGGCAAUAGGCAAGCCGAGUCGCAUGGUUACAAUGAGAUAUGGACGGGACGAUGAGCACCGAAAGAUGAUGAGCGAGAAGAUUACAGGGAUACUUGAAGGAAAGCUACAGUUAUCGCCCGAGCCGAGUAAACGCAAAAGUACCCAGCCUAGACAAGAGCAGGUAGCCGGGACAGUUGAAAAGUCAAAAACCACACACCCGUUCUUCAUGGGCAAACCGAAGCCGCAAUCUGAUGCUGCUACUUCGGGCGAUUCAAAUAAGAAAGCUCUGAACCACAAAAGCAGCGUGUUUAUGUCUACACCGGUCUCUCCAAAGAAACCCAGGAACCCUUUCUCUUCGGGAAAAGCCAUCCAGUUUGGUAUCAAAUCUGGCGGCACCAAGAUCCCCGGAGCCAUGUAUCCAUUAUGGCCAGCUCGUGGGAUGACUCAUGUACGGAAUGAUGAUUUCCCAUACACGAGAGCAACGGCUCAAGAAUCUGGAAUACGAUACAGGAGAUCAAAACGGGUGGCUGUCUCUAUUGCUCCUCAUGAGUCUGUGCUGCGGAAUCUUGUAGAUGGGUUAGACAUGACGAGAAUGCGGCACAGUCUUCCCAAGAACGACGACCACUUCUUACCAGCGCCUCCUGAACUACGCCUACCCCAGAGACACUUUGAAAGCGGUCGAAAACUCCAAAAACGAAUCCGAUCACAACUGCAGAGUCACAUCACCGGUCAUUCCAAAUAUAAUGAGGGCAUUCUCGGUAUCGAUGAGCUUGCAAUUCAGCAGCCCUCCAAAGUCCACCCUGCCAUCAGUCGCCUCUACAAGGGCCUAGAGACACAGCUUUCCGCCUUUGAUAGGUCACAAUGUGAAGGCAGCGCUUGGAUCCAAAAGUACGCUCCAGUAACGGCCGCUCAAGUAUUGCAACCAGGAAAGGAGGCACUACUCCUCAGCGACUGGCUACAGGCUCUUAGGGUGCAGUCUGUGGAAUCCGGAAGUUCAGAAGGCGACAAGGUCAAGGGCAAGCCGAAAAAGAAGAGAAAGAAGAAUAAACUCGACGGAUUUGUCAUCGAUAGUGAAGAAGAAGAGGCCGAGAUGGACGAGAUCUCCGACACUGAUGAGGACUGGUCUGCCUUGCCUGGAUCGGCGCUGCUCAAGAGAUCUGUGAUGCGUAGUAUCGGUAUGGCGGGCAAAGGCAGCAAGGACCAGGGCCGUCUUACAAACGCCAUCGUCCUAAGCGGACCCCAUGGAAGCGGCAAAACAGCAGCAGUCUAUGCGGUUGCAAAGGAGCUGGAAUUUGAGAUUUUUGAGAUCAACUCUGGUAGUCGGAGGAGCGGAAAGGACAUUCUGGAAAAAGUUGGCGACAUGACACGCAAUCACUUGGUACAGCACAGCCGAGCUGAUUCCACCGCGAUUGAUCCAGAAGAGGUGGCCAGCGACAUCAACUCUGGGAAGCAAGGCAUGAUGACAUCGUUUUUCAAGCCAAAGACGACGACACAGCCGAUGAAGCCGCAACGAGCAAAGCAGCCCGAAGAAAGCGUCGAGAAAGAGGCGAAGGCGCCGCCUAAAAGUCAAAAGCAAUCUCUCAUUCUCCUCGAAGAAGUCGACGUCCUUUUCGAAGAAGACAAGCAGUUCUGGGCAACCCUGACCAGCCUCAUUGCACAGUCCAAACGACCAUUCAUCAUGACUUGCAACGAUGAGAGCCUAGUGCCCCUGCAGAGCUUGAGUCUACAUGGAAUCUUUCGCUUCUCUCCCGCCCCUUCAAGUCUAGCCGUGGACCUUUGCCUCCUUAUUGCUGCAAAUGAAGGCCAUGCUCUGCAGAGAUCAGCGGUUGAGGCCUUGUAUACCUCUCGCAAUCACGACUUGAGAGCAACGAUCACAGAGCUCAACUACUGGUGCCAAAUUGGAGUUGGCGAUCGCAAGGGCGGGUUUGAUUGGUUCUAUCUUCGCUGGCCCAAAGGCUCUGACCUCGACGAAAAUGGCGAUGUGGUGCGAGUCAUCAGCGAAGAUACCUACCAGAGGGGCAUGGGAUGGAUUAAUCGAGACCCGGUCGUCGCUACCAGGGGACUCGCCGCUGAACAAGAGGCCAUGGAGCAAGCUUGGGACUUUUGGGGCCUCGACAUGGGGCAUUGGAGCAGCAGUAUCGACAUGAGGUUACGGGCCGCCAAUAUCGCGGAGCCCAAGAGAAAUCCGACGACUCUGGGGGAUCUGGAGGCUUAUGAUGACUUUUGUAAUGCCAUGAGCUGUGCGGAUCUCUACUCAGGGGGCGCCUACGGGGUCAAAUUGCAAGAGAUCUUAGACCCAACAUUACCGGAGCUCGCGAGCCACAUCAGAGAAGACUUCAUCCUGGGCCAAGCUCUGCUAGAUGCUGACCCUGUAGUGCACCACGCUGCCCCGAACAAGGCCAUCUCGACAUGCAUCACGGCUCUGGCCUGUGCAACUUUGCAUCAGUCGACCACAGAUAUGUCCAAUGAGACCUCGGCGAAGACACCAAUCUCGAGGCCGGUGGAUGAAGAGCAGACCAUUUCACUUCUCGACUCAUCCUUCCGAUCUUGUCCUCAUCAAAUGACAAGGAUGGACAUUGCCAUCGCAUUUGACCCCAUAGCCGUGGCCCCCAAGGUUGUUCCAACCACAUACCUGGACCCAUCCGUCUUUGAUCGCACCAUGUCGCUCAUCGUCCUCGACGUCGCGCCCUGGGUCCGCAGCAUCGCAGCAUACGAGCACCAGCUCAUGCAAAGACGGCUGAAGCUGAGCAACCUUCUCAGCGAGGGCGGCAAGCGGAAGCGAAUGCGUACCACAAGAAGUGCCUACUCGGCGCUGGAAGGGGGAGAGCGGCGGACAACGAGGAGAGAGAGGCACUUUGGCGAUUGUCUGUCGACGCAGCAUGUUUUGCGCACGGGGGGCGAUAGAUGGACGGAUCUGGUGGUGGAGGACGUGGCCAAGUCGGAGGCGGGAGAGAGCACCGCGGCGAGCAGCCCUACAUCUGACGAUUUAGCAUUACCAUGA